UGUCUCUUAUCUAAAGGAGUCCCCACAUACCACAUUUAAUGCCCAUUGCCCACUGACACCCAGUGCGUGUUGUGUGUUUACUCCUUUUUGCGUGCUUCAGUCCCCUGAAUUCGAUGGCGUCUGAUAGCAAGAGCAAUAACGCCACCACCCACCACAAACCCAUGUCUUCAAGACUCCACCAGCAACAAUUAGUGUCCACAAUGAUCAAGCAGGGCUUCAUCUCCGACCCCUUCCUCUCCCCCUCUCGCCUCACUCCUCUCUCUCCUACCCCUCACCACCACCACCACCACAGCCCAACCCUCUUCGAGAUCAUGUCGGUCGACCCCAAUCCCGCUCUCGAAGCCCGCAAGAAGCUCCAAGAAAGGGUCUCCGCCGCCCUCUCCCAGGCCCCCUUCAAUAUCUCCACCCAAUGGGGGCCUGCCGACGUCACCCUCACAGUAGCGGGCCGCGCGGAGGCCGAUGAGCCGCCGUUCCGGGUCACCCUUGAUGUCCACCUACGCGUCUUGGCCGCCAAAAGCCGCUUCUUUUCCGACAAACUUCGCCGGAGCGGGACCCACUCUGUCGAGAUUCUCGAGUGCAAUGACGUGGCCGUCUAUGUGGAGGCUGUCGUCCUCAUGUACUCUGCCGAAUUGAAGACCAAGCUCCUCGGCAUGGCUGUCUCCAAGAUCUUGGCCCUUUUGAAGAUAUGUUGUGCAAUUAUGUUUGAGGAUGGGAUUAGGGCAUGUUUGGAGUAUCUGGAAGCAGUGCCAUGGUCUGAGGGAGAAGAGGAGAGUGUUGUUUCGCAUCUAAAUCAACUCCAGAUUGAUUGUUCAAGAGCAGAAACUGUGCUACAGAGAGUGGUAGCCGACCCUUCAACAUCUUCAAGGCUGGAGAGUGUCUUCUUGAAAUUGUCAUUAGGUGUCUUGCAGGCCAAAGAUGAAAAGGCCCGUAGAGAAAUGAAAGGGUUGAUAUCUCGACUACUAAAAGAAGAUGAUAAGGAUGGCCUUGAUAUCUCAAGAGAUGUAUUGUAUCAGCUUUGCCACAGGUGCCUAGGCUCUCUUGUUCUGUGCUUAUCUGGAACCACUGGCUUGGAUGAAAGCAGGCAAGACCGAGGAGCUAUAAUGGCUGAGAUUUCUCGAGAAGCUGAGAAUAUGCAGUGGAUUCUUGGCAUCCUUAUAGAGAGAAACUUGGGGGAAGAGUUUGUGGACUUAUGGGCUGACCAGAAGGAACUAGCACUUCUUCACUCCAAGAUACCUACUAUGUAUCGCCACGAAAUAAGCAAGAUCACUGCCCAACUCUGCAUUUCUAUUGGGAGAGGGCAGAUUCUAGUGCCCAAGGAGACUAGGUUUGCCUUGCUGUCGACUUGGUUGGAACCUCUUUACGACGAUUUUGGAUGGAUGAGAAUAGGGGGGAAACCUGUUGAUAGGAAAUUGAUUGAGGAAGGGCUUAGUCAAACAAUUCUUACUCUACCACUGCCUCAACAACAAUCGUUUUUGGUUAAGUGGUUUGAUAGGUUUCUUAACAAGGGCGACGAUUGUCCCAAUAUUCAGAGAGCGUUUGAAAUCUGGUGGAGAAGGGCUUUUGUGAAACAAUAUGCAAUUGAGUCGCAAUUGCAGCUAGCUGUCUGUGAUAUUCCAGACUGAUGGACCAAAUGAAGAUCCCAUGAAGCUUCCCCUGCUUGCUCAGUUCGCUGCAGGCAUCGAAGAACCCAUUUUGAGGGGAUAGCCCGCCACUCCCGUCAGUCCCAAAACUCACCAGAACUUGGCCUCCUUUGUAGUUAAAG